ACGCUAUUGAAGCUUUAUAAAGCCUUUAUUUUGCCACAUUUUUACUACUGUUCUUCUGUGUGGCAUUUCUGUGGUGCGCGCAAUGCCGACAAAGUGGAUAACCUGAAUAAGCGCAUUUUUAGGUUUAUACUACAGGACUACAGCUCUCCAUAUGACAUUUUACUAAGCAAAGUAAACAUGAAAUCUCUAUUCAUUAGACGCCUCCAGAACUUCAUGAUCACAUUAUAUAAGAGUCUGUUCUUUGCGAAUUAUCCAGGUUAUUUAAAAGAUAUGUUCCCCGUACGGUCUUUAUCCUACAAUUUGCGCGGAAAUCAUAUCCUGGCCCUUCCCAACCCAAAACCAACGACUUACGGUCUGCACUCCUUUUCAUACUUAGCUAGCAAAAUAUGGAACUCUCCCCCGGACACUUACAAAACAUUAAAUUUUCUAGAAUUCAAGCAGGAGAUCCUCAGAUAUGAAGCUUUUCCACAGUAGAUCUACAAGUUAUAUUUUCCUCUGCAUGCAUAAUGUUGUAUAUAGUUUAUAAAUAAUAUUAGCAUUGUAAUAGAGCAUAUUUUAUUUUAUUUCAACUUAGUUUCUCGAAGAUAUUAGCUCUACCGCUACUCUGUAAAUUUGGAGCGUAAAUAAAGUAUAUGUAUGUAUAUGUAUGUAACGGGUCGAAACCUGAGUUCGCGAUAUGUCAUGCAACGUUAGUCAGCGGAUACUCUGUUUAAAUAGCUGUCAAUUGAUCACGACAUGGUUGUCCAAUAUUAGUUUUCAGACUCCCACACCAGCUAGAACGUGUGAGAUUAUAAAUUGUUUGCCCUGUGGUGAGGACGGACAGGUGGAGCUAGGUGGACUAACCGGACUUUCGGUCACGUGACUAUUAAAAUUUCUCGGAUGGACCGACGGCCAACCUCUCUCAGCUAUGAGGCUUUGCUCACGCGUGGAGCUCCGCUAUUAGGCACUUACUACACUGUAUUACCUUAUCGCAUAACUUUCGAAUUCGAAUCUGUGGUGUAGCCACGAGAGAUUGCAGAAUUUUCUUAUUCUUCAUUUCGUGUUUUGCGUUGCAUGAAGUUGAUUUAAUUAAAAUAACUACAAAAACCGAGGACGAAGAUCUUGCUGGUUAUAAACGUUGGAUCUCUGCUAAAGAGAUCUAAUCAGCCAAAUAUUAAGAAGCAAAACCGAGAAGUCCAAAGACCACUGCGAAGCUGAUCAGAACAACGUGUACUGUUUUUUCAUAACAAUAUUUCGGCUGGCCAUAACAGCCUUCUUCAGAAACAUCUGUAAACCUGAAGAAGGCUGAUAUGGCCAGCCGAAAUAUUGUUGUGAAAAAACAAUACACGUUGUUCUUAUCAGCUUUGCAGUAGUCUUUGGACUUCUCGGUUUUAGUUUCGUUAGUACUUUUGUUAUCGCGUUCCGCGGUGUAGUUUUUUGUUAGCUUUUUCUAUAUGCGUAAUGGAGCCAAUUCUUCCCUGAAAUGCGAUGUUCACAGGAGAUUUCCAUUAGAACGUAUCAUAACCAAUUAAGCCAUAAGAUUAUUAUUACAACCUCAGCUCAGAAAGAAAAAAAAUAUAUUUUCUUGGAACGACUGCUAAUAAAAAGAAAUCUGUUGAAGAGAAGGAAAGACCCCGGGGAGAGAGAAAAAAUUGAGCAGCAAGAGAAUGGGCUGCUAGGCUGCAAGUAAUCAGUUACUAGGACAGAGCGCUAGCCAAUAAUGUUGCUGCGUUUGUCUAAGAGCAGCGAAAAAGUGAUUGAUUAUUACUGCUAAGUCAUAAAAGUUUAUACACAAACAACAGGAGAUUUUGUAUUUCUUAAUCAAACAGAAGUUAACCAAAUUCAGUGGUUUUUACAGCAAAAGAAUUAGCCCCGUGGUGUUUUUAGCGCCCACCAGUGAUUGAACUUAUUGUUUUCCUUGUUUGUUUCCAAAAAAAAUAAAAGAAAGAAAUCAAGAAAGGAAGAAAAAAAUGACAGUUUUGCAGUCUAAAAGCAGUUGAAAAGUUAGUACCACCAAAUCCGUUCCUGCUGAUCAAUAACAAAACGCCAAAAGUCCUCGACGCUCAAGCUGAAUAUAUACUAUAAAAAGUUGGAAAUGAAGGAAUGCACGUAGUUAACCUGUAACAGGCCUUCCGAUAGUUGGGGGAAACUUUAGCUAGAAAAAAUGGCGAAGGGGCGCUGUUAGGGAGAGAGGGCGAAAGAACCUCUUUUCGUCCUCCUACUCUCUCCCUCUUACUCUCUCCCCAGUCUAGCUCUCUGUUUUCAGCCUCAUUCCAGACCUUUUGUUUGAAUGCUCGCGCGUACUUGAAUACGCAAAAAUACGGACUGUUUUGCAGUCUACAACUCUUGGAUGUUAGAUAUAAAUUCCAAAAAGACCAAAGUUAUGAUCUUUCAAAAACGAGCGAAGAAAAACUCCAAUCUAGAAUUCCAUAUAGGUAAAGAAACCAUUGAUACUGUCCAAGAAUAUACAUAUUUAGGGCCGGCUAUUUAACUUUUGACAGGGGGGGUGGGGUGGGUGAUUUUGAAAAAAGAUUUCCUGCAAGCGCUUGUCGGAAGAAAAAAAUUGCAUGCAGCACAAAUGUAAUAGAAAGCUUAUGGGGAAAAAAGGAAAAAAAUAUCCUGACCACCAGAUUGCUAGAAAAAAAAUUCUUGAUGACCAGAAAUCACCCACCCCCUCCCUCAAGAGUUAAAUGGUCGGCCCCUUAGGAACCCGUAUCUCCUCAACCGGUAAUUGUAAUAUCUCACUCGAACACUUGAAAGAGAAGGCUCUUCAUGCUCUUUUUAGUUCAAGAAAACACACAAACUUCAGCAAAUUAAAACCAUCU